ACCUCUGUCUUGGACUCCACCUCCACAGCAGUAUGUUCUACAGAAAGGAGAACCAGAGGAGCAAAAAGACUCUGUGAACAUCUCAAAGGUAAGACUAAGGAGUAGCAUCUACCGGCGGGGGGCAGGGGGGUGACAAAAUAAAGGCAGAAUUUCCAACUGUUUUCCCUUCCCCUAGAGAGAAGAUUAUUGGCCACUGUGGCAUCUCAGACUACUUGGCAUGAAGACACAGCUCUGAGGUAACUAUGGAUUGGAUCAACUCCUCCAGUCAUGUGACCAAUGUGUCUACCUCAUUAACAAACAGCACUGGUGUUUUAACUCCUGCCCCCAAAACAAUCAUUGCUGCUUCUUUGUUCAUGUCAUUUAUAAUCGGUGCCAUCAGCAAUGGCCUCUAUCUAUGGAUGCUGAAAUUCAAGAUGCAAAGGACUGUCAAUACGCUCUUAUUUUUCCAUCUCAUUCUCUCCUACUUUAUUUCUACGUUGAUUCUGCCCUUCAUGGCCACCUCCUUCCUUCAGGACAAUCACUGGGCCUUUGGAAGUGUCUUGUGCAAAGUCUUCAACAGCACUUUGUCGGUGAGCAUGUUUGCCUCUGUUUUCUUCCUCUCGGCCAUCAGUGUUGACCGCUAUUACCUCAUUCUUCAUCCAGUGUGGUCCCAGCAGCACCGAACCCCACGCUGGGCUUCCCGAAUUGCCUUGAGAAUCUGGAUUUCUGCCACUAUCCUCAGCAUACCCUAUUUGGUUUUCAGGAAGACACACGAUGACCAUAAAGGAAGAAUUAAAUGCCAGAAUAACUACAUUGUGUCUAUUGACUGGGAAAGCAAAGAGCAUCAGACAUUAGGGCAACAGAUUCACGCAGCCUGUUUCAUUGGCCGAUUCUUGCUGGGUUUCCUUCUGCCUUUCCUUGUCAUCAUCUUUUGCUACAAACAAGUGGCCACCAAGAUGAAAGAGAAGGGACUCUUUAAAUCCAGCAAGCCCUUCAAAGUCAUGCUGACUGCUGUCAUCUCUUUCUUUGUGUGUUGGAUGCCCUACCAUGUACACAGUGGCUUGGUCCUCACUAAGAGCCAGCCACUCCCUUUACACUUGACACUGGGACUUGCAGUGGUGACUAUUUCUUUUAAUACUGUGGUUUCUCCCAUUCUCUAUCUAUUCACUGGGGAGAAUUUCAAGGUUUUCAAGAAAUCUAUUCUCGCUUUAUUUAAGUCAACAUUCAGUGAUGACUCUUCUGCAGAAAGGACACAAACCCUGAACUCGGAAACUGAACUUUAAAUUCUGGAUCCUUUGGGCUGGAGUGAUGGCUCCGUGAUUAAGAAUCCUUGCUGAUCUUCUAUUGGAAUUCAGUUCCCAAUACUCAUAUCUGUCUAUAACCCCCAGUUCCUAGAAAUCUAGCAUCUCUGUCUGGCCUCCAUGGGCACCCACAUGCACACAAGAGACACACACCCAUGUACAGAAAUAAUAAAAUUAAUAUUUUUAAAAAUAAACUCUGGAUCCUUAAA